AUGAGCAGCGACAGUUCUGAGUACUUGGAUCUCACCGCUGAGGUGAAUUCGCAAGCCAUCACAGGAAUACUCUGUGAUUCCCUGCACACUCCCGUUUCAAAGAUAUGCCGCCUGACUCGUAGACUGUGCGUGGAUCUCCUUUUGGACCCAGCAGUCCACGGUCAUGAAAGUGGGCUGCACAUCUGCCUGCAGGCGUCUGAUGCGCUAGCAGAUUACUUGCUCGCUGAGAUCUGCGCCGUGCAGAACGUAAGGCUGGACCCACUUGUGAGGGAAAGGUCUCUACAGCCUCAUAAGAUUCCUUUGCAAUUCGCAGCAAUUUCGUGCAUCAAUGACACGGAACUAAGCUUUGUGAUUGGCAGUGCGAUGUUCCUUUACAGAUACGGCGAAGAUGGACCCCUUAUUGACCAUUUCUUCCAGGGAUUGGGAAGAGCUGCAUACAUGGCUAACAUGUGCGAUGCAAACGGUGUCACGGGGCAGCAAUCCACUGCCUGUGUUCUCUGCACACACGUCGUUCUUCUUCCGGCUUAG